ACGUCCCAAAAACAGCCAGUUCAAACCGGCGCGCGGAAAAAACCAACCCAACCCACCCCACCCCUCCUCCAAAUCCCCAAAUUCCAAGAAGACGACGACGACGAGCUCGACCCAAUCCAUCCUCGCCGCGAUUUCCCCGCGAGAUCGCCGAUCCUGCUGGUGCGGCGGAGGAGGGGGAGGAGGAGGGAGGUUCCGGCGUCGAAUGGUGGUUGUCGGAUGACAAGGCUCCGGAGUUUGUCGUCGAGCGCGCGGCUGGCGGCGGCGGAGUGGGCGGCGCCGAUGAAGCUGCAGGUGAGGGUGGUGGAGGCGCGGGGGCUCCCCGCGGUGCGCGUGGACGGGACGAGCGACCCGUUCGUGAAGCUGCAGCUCGGGAAGCGGCGGGCCAAGACGGCGGUGGCGAGGAGGACCCUGGCCCCCGCGUGGGACGAGGAGUUCAGCUUCCUCGUCGGCGACAUCGCCGAGGAGCUCGUCGUGUCCGUGCUCAACGAGGACAAGUACUUCAGCAACGACCUCCUCGGGAAGGUCAGGGUGCCCCUCGCCGACGUCAUGGAGACCGACGACCUCUCCCUCGGCACCGCCUGGUACCAGCUCCAGCCCAAGAGCAAGAAGUCCAAGAAGAAAUCUCGCGGAGAAGUUUGCCUGUGCAUAUCAUUGUCUACAAGAACUCAUGUUUCAGAGGAAUCGCAGAGUGUGAAUCCUGCUUCGGAUGAUGCAUCCAGCUCGGACAGGUCAAUUGAACAUAAGGAUGCGGUUUUAUCAACCACUAGUAGUUACAUUGACCUAUCAGCGUGUGCCAGCGCCAUGGACCGGGCAUCGCAGAGCAGCAUGGAACAAUUGGCAGAUAGCAUUGUGGAUCAACCACCGCGUAGCAGCAUGGAGCAAUUGGCAGUUGCUGAACCUGGAGCAGCGGCUGCUGAAGGCGAUGCGAUGUCGAAUUCAUCGUCAGUGGUAGAGGUCCUCUCUCGGUAUUUCUUUGGGAAUAAACCUGCCGAUGUCGCGCCUUCGGCUGCAUCAGAUGCUGAGUCGGUCGAUCAGUUUCAAGAGCCAAAAGUGUGUUCUGAAGACCAUGAAACCCCUGAAAGUGGCACAUCAUCUGAGUCAAGCCUUGAUGAGCUGCUGAAAACUAUGGAGUCCAAAGAUCAGGGCUGUGAAAUGCCAGCGAACUUGCCUGGGGGUGUACUAAUUGACGAAUCUUAUGUUGCUGCACCAACUGAAUUGAAUUCCCUCUUGUUCUCUAAAAAUUCAGAUUUCUGGCCAGCAGUAUCUGAGCUUCAAGGAACAAGUGGGUUUCAGAUUGAACCAUGGAAGCUUGAUAAUAACGAAACUUGUUUGCAAAGAACAUUGACCUACACCAAAGCUGCGAGUAAAUUAGUUAAAGCUGUGAAAGCCACAGAAGAGCAGAAAUACUUGAAAGCGGCUGGGAAUUCUUUCGCUGUUCAUUCUGUUGUUAGUACCCCUGAUGUUCCUUGUGGCGGUUGUUUCAAGAUAGAGAUAUUGUAUUGUAUAACACCAGGUCCCUCGUUAUCAUCUGAAGAACAAACAUCACAUCUCACUGUAAGCUGGCGGGUGAACUUUGUUCAGAGCACUAUGAUGAAAGGAAUGAUUGAAAGUGGUGCAAAACAAGGAAUGGCGGAAGGCUUUGCGCAUUUUUCUGAAAUACUCUCCCAGAAGAUUAAAGUAGCUGAGGCUGAUGAUGCUAAUUCCAACAAAGAAAAGAUUUUAUCUUCACUGCAUGCUCAGAAAGAAUCAGGCUGGAGACUGAUUGUCCGCUUUCUUUUCAACUUCACGUUCAUUUUUUCAGUUAUCAUAGCAUCGUAUGUCAUAGCACACCUUCACUUGUCAAAGCCCAAUGCAAUGCAUGGGCUGGAAUAUUUUGGCAUUGACCUUCCAGAUUCAAUUGGAGAGGUUGUGGUUUGUGCUGUUUUGAUCCUUCAGGGACAGAAUAUCUUCAAUAUAAUAAAGCGCUUCUUAAAUGCAUGGAAACAAAAAGGUAGUGAUCAUGGGGUCAAAGCUCAUGGUGAUGGUUGGUUGAUGACUGUUGCACUUAUUGAGGGCACUGGUAUCACUAAUUCUAAUUCAAAAGAAUUAUUUGAUAUGUAUGCCGUUUUUACCUGCAACGCAAAGAGGAAAACAAGCUCAGUAAAAUUCCAAACAUCAGAGCCAAAAUGGAAUGAGAUAUAUGAAUUUGAUGCAAUGGAUGAUCCUCCAUCAAGAAUGGAUGUGGCUAUUCAUGACGCUAAUGGGCCAUUUGAUCAAUCCCCCAUUGGUCACGCUGAAGUGAACUUUCUGAAAAGCAAUUUAUCAGAUUUAACCGACGUAUGGCUUCCUCUCGAGGGAAAGUGCGAUCAAACUAGCAACCCUAAGAUACACUUGAGAAUAUUUUUAAAUAACUCGAGAGGAACUGAAGUUGUUAUGAACUACCUGGCAAAGAUGCGGAAAGAAGUUGGCAAGAAGAUAAAUUUGCGGUCUGCCCAAACAAAUGCAGCAUUUCGGAAACUCUUUAACCUCCCACCGGAAGAGUUUCUCAUCGAUGAUUUUACCUGCCAUCUAAAACGAAAGAUGCCACUUCAGGGGCGCCUCUUCUUUUCACCAAGAAUUAUUGGAUUUUAUUCCAACAUAUUUGGUCACAAGACCAAGUUUUUCUUUUUGUGGGAUGAUGUUGACGAUAUCCAAGUUAUCCCUCCCACCCUGUCAAUUGGUAGCCCAUCCUUGACGAUCAUCCUCCGAAAGGGUAGAGGUUUAGAAGCAAAACAUGGUGCCAAGGGAACAGAUCCUAAUGGAAGACUCAAAUACUAUUUUCAGUCCUUUGUUUCAUUCAAUGAUGCCCAUAGAAUAAUCAUGGCAAUUUGGAAAAUGCGAUCACUGAGUCCAGAACAGCAGGGGGAUAUGAUCGAAAAAGAGUCCGAUACCAAAGAACUCCAGCUCGAAGAAGGUGGAACCUUAUUUACCCAUGAAGAUGUCAAAAUGUCUGAAAUAUUCUCAUCGGCCCUCUCUGUUGAUGUCGAGUCCCUGAUGGAGAUGUUUUCAGGAGGGCCUUUGGAACACAGAAUGAUGCAAAAAGCUGGUUGUAUUGACUACUCGCCAACAGAAUGGGAACUUGUAAGCCGAAAUAUAUACCAGCGGCAAAUCAGCUACAAGUUUGACAAAAACUUGUCAAGAUAUGGAGGAGAAGCAACCACCACUCAGCAGAGGUAUGCCCUAGUGAACCAAGAAGGCUGGGCCAUUGAAGAGGUGAUGAGCCUACAAGGUGUUCUACUGGGGGACUGCUUCAAUGUUCAGAUGAAGUACACUGUGGUGAAUGUACCGUCAAAACCGAACACUUGCAGUGUGCAGGUUUUGUUGGGGAUAGCCUGGUUAAAGAGCACUAAGCAACAAAAGAAGAUCACGAAGAGUGUCAUUUCCAAUUCAUCCAUUAGAUUGAAGGAGCUCUUUGCUGAAGUAGAGAAGGAUCUUACAUCGAGAAGCGGGGCAAGCUGACAUCUGCACAAACUAACAGUAGAUUGUUCAUUGCAACAACCAAAUGUGUUUGAAGAGACCAGUAUACAUGGAGCAAUUUGGGAGAACUGUGGCUGUUUGCCUGCGGUUGACUGGUUUCAGCUUUGUCAACAUUCUUGCUGGUAGAGUUAAUACACAGAUGGCAAAGCCAAAAAAAGAAAAAGAAAAAAAAAAGAAGUGUGACAUCAAUGUGAAUAGAUUGUUCAAAAACACUUUUUUUCUUAAACAUUCCUGAUAUGAUCUUACCUUCAUAGGAAGUGAAGUAGAGUUGUAUACUUGUAUAUGCACAGCUGACCAAUGUUAUACAAACGAUAUAGUAAAAGGAAUCUAACUUUGAUUCAUAUUGGUUUUUCUUAGUCAUUAGAUGUCCUGCACAACAGUAACACCUUGUUCAGAUUACCAUACUACUUCGCUGUAAUCCUUCCCUAACUGCUGCUAAGCUGCUGGUUCAUUGUACAAAUAUUACUCGGCAUCAUCUUAUUAACAGAUGGAUAUUGCCUAAUUAAUUUGUCAUGAAAUUUGUGAGUUGUACUCAA